UGAUAAAGAAGAGAGAGAAAAGAAGUGAGUUAAACUGUCUUCAAAUAUGAUGAUGAACAAAGGUGUUCUAGGUUCGAUUGUGUUCUUCAUGUUGGUUGGUUCGGUUCUUGUUGAGACUCGUCCGCUUGGUCUAACAAAAACUGAAGAGAAGAAGCUUGUAGCUGGUUUCUUUGAUGGCUUGUCACUUGGUUCGAUCAAAGGCUCAGGUCCGAGUCCAGGCAAGGGUCAUAAUUUCGUGGACGGGAGCGAUACGUAUCGAUUUGAUAAGCACUCCGGUCCAAGCCCAAGCGGACCCGGUCACUAAUUCUUCAAAUCUUUUGUUCAAACCGGGACGGUUUAAAAGUCCAUCCACGUAUAGGUCCAAAACAUUAUUUCAUUUUUAUUACGUUCUUGCUUAGAAAUAAGAGAGGGAAAAAUCAAGAAGAGAAUAUCUUACUAG